AUGGUGAGCAUCUGGACCAUCGCACUUUUCCUGUUGGGAGCAGCCAGAGGAAGUGAAAUUUGCUAUAGUCACAUCGGGUGCUUUUCUGACUCUGAGCCCUGGGGUGGGACUGUAAUCAGGCCCCUGAAAAUUUUUCCCUGGAGUCCUGAGAAGAUUGGCACCCACUUCCUGCUCGAUACCAGUGAGAACCCAAACACCUUUCAGGUUCUCUUCUCUGAUCCAUCAACAAUUGAGACAUCAAAUUUUCAAACAGACAGGAAGACCCGGUUCAUCAUCCAUGGCUUCAUAGACGAGGGAGAUGAGAGCUGGCUGACAGACAUAUGUGUUAAUACGUUCCAGGUAGAGGAGGCGAACCGCAUCUGCAUGGACCAGAAGACGAGCUCCCAAACCACCUGUACGCAGGCCACCAGCAACGUGCACAUGGUGGGCUCCCAGGUGGCCCAGAGGCUCAGCGUGCUCUCGACUGAGCUGGGCUACAGCCUUGAGAACGUGCAGCUCAUCGGCCACAGCCUGGGCGCGCACGCGGCCGCCGAAGCGGGCAGGAGGCUGGGGGGCCGCGUGGGCAGGAUCACAGGACUGGAUCCGGCAGAGCCAUGCUUCCAGGGCACACCUGAGGAGGUUCGGCUGGACCCAUCUGAUGCCAUGUUUGUGGAUGUGAUCCACACAGACUCUGCUCCCAUAGUCCCUUUCCUAGGUUUUGGAAUGAGCCAAAAGGUGGGCCAAUUGGAUUUCUAUCCAAAUGGAGGAAAGCAAAUGCCUGGCUGUCAGAAAAAUAUCCUUUCAACCAUCGUUGAUAUGAACGGACUAUGGGAAGGCACCCGAGACUUUGCAGCUUGCAAUCACUUGAGGAGCUACAAGUACUACUCAAGCAGCCUCCUCAACCCCGAUGGCUUCCUGGGCUACCCGUGUGCCUCCUACAACAAGUUUCAGGAGAAUAGCUGUUUUCCUUGCCCAGAGGAAGGAUGCCCCCAAAUGGGGCACUAUGCUGACCAGUUUCGAGGGAACACCAGUGCUAUGGGACAAACGUUUUUCCUGAACACAGGAGAGAGUGGUAACUUUACUCGUUGGAGAUAUAGGGUGUCGGUCACCCUGGCUGGAAAAGAGAAAGUGAGUGGGUCCAUCAGGAUCGCUUUGUAUGGCAGCAAUGGAAACUCAAAACAAUAUGAAAUUUUCAAAGGAUCCCUCAAACCAGAUGCAAGUCAUAUGCUUGUCAUUGAUGUUGACCUCAAUGUUGGAAAAAUCCAGAAGGUCAAGUUCCUCUGGAACAAACACGUGAUAAAUCUCUUCCGGCCCAAACUGGGGGCUUCUCACAUCACAGUGCAAAGUGGUGAAGAUGGGACAGAGUAUAAUUUUUGUAGCAGUGACACCGUGCGGGAAGAUGUUUUCCAAUCUCUUUACCCUUGUUAA